AUGUACGGGUCGGAGACUUGGGCAGCACCAUCAACGGUUAUGGAGGGGCUUGAUUGCACGGAACGAAAGCUGCUUAGAUGGCUACUUGGCUACUUUUGGUCUAGGGUAUGUCACAAUGAAGAUCUUUACGCAGAAAUUGAUGUGGUAUACCGGCGGAUGACACGUGGAAAACACCAACAUCUUGCACCGCCAUCGAAAGUGGCUAAAGUAAAUCUUCUUCGCUUCUUUGGUCAUAUAUUAAGGAGACCGGCAGAUCGCCUUCUUCAACGAGUUCUGAGGAGUUCGGGGGGGGGGGUUCGAGCUCGGGUUCGAGCUGGAAGAAGCCACCUGGCCGAAAACGGAAGUUCUGGACUGAGGCGAAUAUGGAAUAGCGACGAAUGGAUUGAUUGUGUGCAAGCUCUCGCAGAAGAUCGAGAAGGUUGGGCAAAGCUGUGUUCAAGGACGGCACACCUCGGCGAAGAUGAAACGGUGCAAGGAGGCAUCGCAGAAGUCUGCACGGCGCCGCUUGUUGGAGUUUCACCUGACAACGAAUUGCAGUACAAUGUUGCGAGACGGCUGUUUGACGCCAAGGAUUCCAUGUUUCCCCCAGGUAUUCAACAUCAGGAUAUUGGCUCUGGCAUGAUCUUUGACAAUACCGGCUAUAGCACAUACCUUUAG